AUGAAGAAGAUCUUCAGCCUCUGGAGUAAGCAGGGGCAGCAGUCCCCUGGCUUUGUCACCAGCCUGCGGAAGAUCAGGGGCAGCGUCGCCUGUGACACUGGCAGCAUUGAUGAGAGCUUCACGCAGCCCAGGUACCACAUUCGAGCCCGACAGCUGUGCGAGAUCCACAAAGCUGCCAGCCGGGGUCAAGUGGACAAAGUCCAGCAGCUCCUUUUCCACAAGAAAAGCGGCGUGAACCACAGAGACACUGAGAGAAGGACUGCACUGCAUUUGGCCUGUGCAAAGGGCCAUCUAAAAGUGGUGAGGCUCCUGAUGAGCAGACAAUGCGAGGCUGAUGUGGUUGAUAAUGAAGGCAGGACACCUUUGAUGAAGGCUGUCCAAUACCAGGAAACAGAAUGUGCAUUUAAUCUGCUAGACUAUGGAGCAGAUCCAAAUGUAGCGGAUGACUACGGCAACACAGCUCUCCACUAUGCUGUGUACAAUGGGAAUAUGGUUUUAAUAACAAAACUGCUUUCAUGUGGUGCAAAUAUCGAAGCCAAAAACAAGAAGCAACUUACACCACUUUUACUUGCCAUAAAUGUAAAAAGUCUUAAAAUGGUGGAAUUCUUGGUGAAGAACAAAGCAGAUAUAAAUGCAGUUGAUAGACAUGAAAGAAGUUCCCUCAUAGUUGCAGUACGUUCUCAGUCAGAGGAUAUAGUCCAGUUUCUUCUUCAGCAAAGUAUUGAUGUCUUUUAUCGAGAUGUCUUUCGAUUGACUGCAAAAGACUAUGCCAUUAAUAGUGGUUAUAAAGCAUAA